AUGGAACUAGGGAACCUCACAGGAUUUUCAGAAUUUCUUCUUUUGGGAUUAUCAGAGGAACCAGAAUUGCAACCCCUCAUAUUUGGGCUUUUCCUCUCCAUGUACCUGAUCACUGUGUUUGGAAACCUGCUCAUGAUCUUGGCUGUCAGCUCAGACUCCCACCUCCACACGCCCAUGUACUUCUUCCUCUCCAACCUGUCCUUGGUAGACAUCUGUUUGACCUCCACCACCAUCCCAAAGAUGCUGUGGAACAUCCAGACACAGAGCAAAGUCAUAACCUAUAAAGGCUGUAUCACCCAGAUGUAUUUUUUCGUAUUGUUUGGGGGACUGGACAACUUCCUUCUGACUGUGAUGGCCUAUGACCGGUUUGUGGCCAUCUGCCACCCCCUGCACUACAUGGUCAUCAUGAACCCCAGGCUCUGUGGACUGCUGCUUCUGGUGUCCUGGAUCACAAGUGCCCUGCAUUCCUUGUUAGAAAGCUCAAUGGUGUUAAGACUGUCUUUCUAUUCAGAUUUAGAAAUUCCACACUUUUUCUGUGAACUCAAUCAGAUGGUCCAACUUGCCUAUUCCAACACCUUUCUUAAUAACAUGGUGAUGUAUUUUGGAGCUGUGUUCCUGGGUGGUGGUCCCUUUGUUUGUAUCCUUUACUCUUACUCUAAGAUAGUGGCCUCCAUCUGGGGAAUCCCAUCAGCUCAGGGGAAGUAUAAGGCAUUUUCUGCCUGUGCAUCUCACCUCUUGGUUGUCUCCCUUUUUUAUGGGACAAUCCUAGGAGUGUAUUUCAGCUCUGCUGUUACCCAAAGCUCACACUCAAGUGCAGCAGCCUCAGUGAUGUACACUGUGGUCACACCCAUGCUGAACCCCUUCAUCUACAGUCUCAGGAACAAAGACCUAAAGAGGGCCCUGAAGAGAUUGCUUGGGAUGGCAGUUAUGAAAGCACCAAUUAUCCUAGGGCUGAAGAAAUGCACAUGA